AUGGUUCACAAAGCUGAUUUAGUGAUCAUUGGAAUCUGUGUUGGUGUAGCUGUUGGCAUACUUAUAGCAUCACUUGCAUUCUUUGGUAUAAGAUGGUAUAAAAGGCGGGCCCACCUUAGAAAAUGUGCAAAUGAUCAUAAUGCUUCAACUCUUCCUAUACGUAGAAAUGGUGUGGAUACAAGUAAUAUUUUGAGUGAAUCUUUUUCAACAAAUUCAGUGAGUGUUAAAGUAUCGACUUAUCCUGUAAAAACUUCUCCUCUUGCAAAAUGGAAUAAGAAUGGUAAAGAACAGUUGGCUUCAGCUUCAGGCCUACCAAGAUACUCUUACAAGGACUUACAAAAAGCUACAAAAAACUUUACAACCAUUUUGGGACAAGGGUCUUUUGGUCCAGUAUAUAAAGCUACAAUGCCUGCUGGUGAAGUUGUUGCUGUAAAGGCUCUUGCUUCUGAUUCCAAACAAGGGGAGAAAGAAUUUCAAACUGAGGUAUCUCUUUUGGGAAGGUUGCAUCAUAGAAACUUGGUGAAUCUUGUGGGGUAUUGUGUAGAUAAAGGACAACGGAUGUUAAUAUAUGAAUAUAUGAGUAAUGGAAGCUUGUCAAGUUUUCUAUAUGAUGAUAAAAAGCAGGCGUUGAAUUGGGAAGAAAGACUUCAAAUUGCCCUUGAUAUUUCACAUGGAAUAGAGUACCUUCAUGAUGGGGCAGUUCCACCUGUCAUACAUCGAGACUUGAAGUCUGCAAAUAUAUUGCUCGAUCACUUCAUGAGAGCCAAGGUUGCAGAUUUUGGGCUAUCAAAAGAAGAGGUGUAUGAUGGAAGAAACUCGGGGCUUAAAGGCACAUACGGAUACAUUGAUCCUAUGUAUAUUUCUACAAACAAGUUCACAAUGAAGAGUGACAUCUACAGUUUUGGAAUCAUUUUAUUUGAACUCAUCACUGCUAUUCAUCCACAACAAAAUCUCAUGGAAUAUGUCAAUCUAGCAGCAAUGAGUUCAGAUGGGGUGGAUGAAAUUCUUGACAAGGCACUUGUUGGGGAGUGUGAUCCAGUGGAUGUGAGGAGCAUGGCAAGAAUAGCACACAGAUGUUUGCAUAAGACACCAAGAAAAAGGCCUUCAAUUGGGGAGGUUUCACAGGCCAUUACAAAGCUCAAACAGAGGCGUUUGGUUAGGGAAGAUAGUACAAUGUCAUUUGCAGCCGAAGAGUUUUCCGGGGUCGUUGGGUGCAUAGAGUUACAACAAAAUGAAUUGAAGAAGAUGACAAGUAUAGCUGAAUCUUGAAAGAUUCAAAUCUUGAGUCUUGAUGUUUCUGGAUGUAGUAAGCUUGUUGUGACUUGUGACACUAUAUAUAUAGUGGAAAGAUACAUGGUUAAUGGCAAAAAUGCAAC